AUGAAGCCACCGAAGCUUCCCCUGCUAUCGCCUGGCACCAUCAACUUUGCGAAGCUGAACCCGAUUCCCCGGCGAUUCCGGUCCGGCCGGAGUAGGAGUCACCAGAAGAGGCGCUCUUCGCCCUACUUUCCCCCAGGAGCCAACGAUGUCACCGCGCUUCAGACCUCUUUCAACCCUGUUCCCACCUUGCGCCAGUUGAGGAAACACAAAUGGCGCCUUAUGGACAUUCAAUACUUUGCCCUCGCCGCUCUGACGCUCUUCUCCCUUGCUAUAACCCCAUCUGCGCCACUGAUCAAGACUCUCGUCGUGUUCGCCAUCGUCAUGGUCCUCUUGAUGCCCGCGACAAGCCAGUUCUUUCUCCCGUCCAUGCCCAUAUGGACAUAUCUCCUGUACUUCUUCUGCAGUCGCUUCAUUGACGCCAAGUAUCGACCGCACAUCUGGGUCCGCGUACUUCCCGCGCUCGAGAACGUCCUGUACGGCGCGAACCUGUCCAACAUCCUCUCCGCCCAUACCCACCCCGUCCUCGACAUAAUAGCCUGGAUCCCUUACGGCCUGGGCCACUUCGCCGCGCCCGCCAUCUGUUCGCUGGUCAUCUUCUUUUUCGCUGCGCCGAAGUCUCUGCCCGUUUUCGCCAAGGCGUUCGGUUGGCUGAAUGCCCUGGGCGUCACGCUGCAGCUCGUCUUCCCCUGCACGCCGCCCUGGUACGAGAACGAGCACGGACUCGCCCCGGCUGCCUACGGCAUGCAGGGCUCCCCUGCCGGCCUCGCACGCAUCGACGAGAUCCUAGGCGUGGAUAUGUACACGACGAGCUUUACCACGGCACCGGUCCCCUUCGGCGCCUUCCCUUCGCUUCAUUCGGCGGAUGCGGUCCUGGAAGCCCUCUUCAUGUCGUACUUUUUCCCGAGGCUCCGGCCCUUCCUCGCCACGUAUGUCAUCUGGGUUUGGUGGGCCACCAUGUACCUGAACCAUCACUACGCGGUCGAUCUCGUCGGGGGCGCCCUGCUGUCCGCGGCCUUCUUCUACGUCUCCAAGGCUCGCUACCUGCCGCAGCAGCAGCCGGACAAGGCGACCAGGUGGGAGUACGAUUACGUGGAGGUCGGCAAGCAGAGGACGGUUCUGGACGAAGAGCUGGGCGGCCGGUACGGGCUUGAUCUGAUGCAGCGGAAACAAUCCGCCGACAGCGACGAAUGGACCAUCGGCAGCUCCUCCAGUUUCAGGACAGCCUCGAGCAGCAGCGGGAGCGGCAGCGGCAGCGGUAGCGGUAGCGGAAUGAUAAGCCCUGCUAUUCUCGACGAACUGAACCAGCAAGGUGCUCUCUCGGUGGUCGAAAUGACGCCCCAUGGCCAGGUGUGGGAAGGUGGCGUGCCACCACGAGAAGGCGACUUGAGCGAAGUGGUCGUGAUCCGGUAG